GAGCCCGGCCUGUUUCUAUAGAAACCGCAACGCGUUCGUGCAGCUGACUGUGAGGCGCGAGAGGGACUGCGAGACGCCGCAUUCUCGCGCAGUGCGUGUGAAAUAAAAGCCGCUUCUCGUGCUGAUGAAGGGCGCCCUUCAGGACCUGCGACCCUUGUCCAGAGGGCUGGUGAUGGCCCAGAGGCCGACAUCUACUGUCCAUACUCCAUCCUUUUUGGACAGAACCAGAGAAACCCGCCACAGGGCCCCCUGAUCAACCCCCGGUUCCUCAGUUGAGUCCGUCCUGGAAAAGAACCGCUCUGCUGUGGACAUCGAGGAGCUGCUGUUCCAAAAGGUGCCGGGAAGCCAGGGUGACCUCAUCAGACCAGCCUUCCAAGCCUCGGACCCCCACGGCCGCCCGGCCGUGACGGGGGAGGAGUUUCGGAGGGCUGUCGAGGGCAUUCAGCUCUCGCUCACGGAGUCCGAGUUAGAAGCGCUGCUGGCCAGGGUUCCAAAGAGAGGCAACGGAGCUGCCGCCUGUAAGGGAUGGCUGGAGAAGUACUGCAGAAUCCAGGCUGUAGGGGACAGAUCACAGGCAAUUUGAAAGGCUUGAGUGGAGCUUUUCUGUCAUUCGGCCGUGACCAAGACAAGAGGACAGAGCCAGUGAAGCUGGGCAGAACACUGGAAGGAUGCGGUCUCCCCAUGAGCGAAGACAAAUUUUACAAACUUUGGUGCCACUGCAGUCCAAACAUCCCAGGAACCACAUCCUACCCUGAGUUUCUGCAGAUGUUAGGCAUGGAUUCUGAAAGCCAAGGAAACAUUGGGGCAGAAUCUGCAAAGCUAGCUUUAAACCAGAGUAUUGUCAACCAAGAGAAAACAGGACAGCGGAAGGCGACAGAUCCCUGGACUGCAGAAAGUAAAGACGACCGUUUCCAAGAUCUGACGUUAGAAGAAAUGCAGACUACAUUCCAGGAAAAAACCCUUGAUGCCACCCACAGCGGCUCUGUGUCUGUGAAGGACCCAAAAGUCCUCCUCUGUAACUUCCUGUUUCCCACGAGCGAUGAAACUGUCCUAGCACUCGUGAGCCGAGAAAGUCUGGUCCAGGAACUUCCUGUGAGACCCAGCACGACCUCAAGCCUACCCAAGCUGAAGGAGCAUGUCGCUUCAGACCAGGGAAACCAAAAGAAGGGGAGUGUGGCACGGGUGACCUAUCGGGAUGAGGAAGAGCCAGCAGGGAAUGCACGGACCACUUAUCUGCAUAAUCGCAGGAAUGUUCUGGAGGAGAAUCUGAUUCACACCCUCGCAGAAGCCCUGGGAUUUAGAGACGGAACAGCCCCCCACUCUGAAUGCAUGGCAAACCUCAAAGAUAGCGCGGCCGGCAAGACAGACGCAGCCGCGCGGUGCGUCGGCACAAACACCGAUCCCGUCGGCUUCCUGACAGCAGAGGAGUGCUUCUCGCAGAUGAAAGAGCGGAUCAAGGCUUUCCAUGGGGAUGUUUUCACAGCUUUUCGGGUCAUGGACAAGAACCGUGAUGGAGUCAUCAGCAGGCAGGGCUUCAGGAACCUGCAUGACAGCUUGAUGUUCGUAACCAAGGAGACAGAAUACAGCCGGCUGCUGGACCUGCUGGGCCUCAGGCCUGGCGCCACACUCAACUUCGCUGAGUUCAACAGCCUGGUCCAGGCAGGUGCCAGCACAGCAGCUCUCCCACAUCCUGCCACCAGACCGAAACGGGAAACCUGCGACCAGGUCCUCGGCUACCUGGCCUGGAAGGCCCGCUGCGGAUGGCCGGACAUGGCGAAGGUGCUGUGUCGCUUCAUUCAGAAUGGACAAAGCAUCAUUUUAAAGCAGGACUUAAAGCGUCUGCUGUACACCUACGCUAUGCCUUUUACACCAAACGAAUUUGACCAGCUGUGGCUGAGGUAUGAUGAAGGAGGGAGGGGCUACAUCAGGGAGGCAGAGUUUCUGGAGAAGAUGGGCGUGGGUCCCAGGAAGGCGGGCCGUGGCCCCGAGCGGCCGUCCCCGGGCGAGUGUGCAGAUGAGGGUCCUCGGGGUGGAUCAGCCUGUCCCAGUGCCCAGGCACUCCACACCAGGGUCGCACUUCAUGAGCUCCGGAUGGCGAUGAGGCACAGUGAUGGGGACCAUGGCCCCGCCCUGGUCAGGCAGGGGGAGGGGAAGGUAGAGGAGCUGCUGGUGCCAGCGCAGGAGCAUGGCUGCCGUGGGGAGGACGCCCAGCUUGGCCAGCAGCUCAACCGUAUGGAGAUCCACCUAGAUGACGGGCCGCUCUCCUGCAUGGACGCCACGUCCAUGAUCGAUGGCGGAGCCGCUGCGGAAUCCAGCCGUCGCCAGGAAACACCGGCUGCGACAGAGAAUGCCAAGGGCCCAAGCCUGGAGAACACCAUGUUCCGGCUGCGAGAGCUCGUCACGGCUGCGUACGAGGCCCUCCACAAGGCCUUCUCUGCGCUCGACAAGAGCAGGAGGGGCAACAUCCAGCCCUGGGUGUUCCGCCGCAUUCUUGACCAUUUCUGCUUCAGGCUCACAGACCAACAGUUUGACCACCUGAUGGGCAGACUGAUGGUGGACAAGUGGGACGGAACAGUCAGCUGGACAGCGUUCCUGCAUAUCUUUCUCCUGAAUGGACACGAGGCAGCACCAGCGAGGAGCGAGGAUGUGGGGAAGGCUGUGCGCCGAGGUGCCCGCCCACUGCCAGCGAGUGACAUCCUGGGCCAGAUCCGCAAGGUCGUCUCCUCCCGUCUGCACGCGGUCGCCAAGGAUAUGGCGGACCUCGACCGCGCUGGCAGCGGUGUCAUCUCCAAAGACGACUUCAGAGCAAUCUGUGAUCGUCGCUUCAGGAGACUGAUGAGCGAACAGUUUCAGAACUUGUGGAACAGGCUGCCAGUCAACUCACUCGGGAACCUGGAGUACUGUGAGUUUCUAGGGAGCUUCGGUGGAGGAGAGAUCGAGGGGCCUAGGAGCAAUGGUGGGGUCGCUGUCACGGGCCCCUCGACACGGGGAAUCACGAGUACGGCCCCGGGGUUCCGCCAGCGCCCCAAAUGCACCUCCUCUUCCAUCAGGAGCUCUAAGCCGGCGGAGCAGACCGGACGACUGUGCUCUAGCAGGGAGAGGAGCACCCCUCUGGCAAACUGUGAGUGGGCGAAGUGCAAUCUGCGCAGCCAGAUGCACGCCUCCUGGAGGGAGAUCCACAGGAGGUGCAGGGAGGUGGACAGAGAACAGCUCGGGGAGGUCAGCAUGGAGCAGUUCAAGGCCAUAAUGGAGGAACCUCAGCUGAAAUCGACUCCGCUGGAGAUCCAACAGCUGGCCAGCGAGGGCGGCGUCCUCAAUGGCGGCAUGGUCUCCUACCCAGAGUUCCUACGGCACUUUAUCGUCACCCCAAAGGCGCAGAGCAAGCCCACUUUCCGCCGGCCACAGCUCCAUGUGUCCCAGACACCGAUGCAUCCCGGGGUACUCAGCAGACAGUGUGUGGAUGCUAUGCUGAGGAUGCAGGGCCCGAUUCAGCAGUUCUGGAGGGGCAUGAGGCGGAACUUUGUCACUCUGGACCGGAACCGGAGCGGCAGCAUCUCCCUCCAGGACUUCAGAAAGGUGUUGAGUCGGUAUGGUAUCGACCUUUCCGAGGAGGAAUUCUUUCAUCUCUGUUCCUUCUUUGACAAGAAUAUUUCAGGGCAGAUAUUCUACAAUGAUUUUUUGUGUACUUUUUUAAAAUGAGCUGAGAGCCAAGGCUGCUCUUCCCACUGUGCGGCUGAUCACUGUCGUAUCACAACAGCCACGUAAAUAUUUGAUGGAUUUUUCAGCCGAGGGGCUACACUACUGACAGACAACCUACCGGCAUCCUCCUAAAACGCGGGAAUCACGAGCCACAAAACUACUAAAUUAAAAAAAAACAAACUUCUAAAUAUCACACUGAUGUCCUUCUAGAAAUGAUCAUGCUUCACCUGAAUUAUCGUAGCAGUUCCAUUACAAAAUAUUAAAUUACAAAGAAGUACAGUAUCUAUAGGUAGAGUAUGCAAGUGACCUUGUACUUUUACAGUUUUCUAAUCCCAAAUUUGAACAUUAAACUGAUAUUAUCCUUAUAUAUCAUCUGUGAAAUAUUCUGGUUGGCCUUUUAUUAUUUUUUUUUUCAAUUGCUUCGCUUGCUAGAUGAAAAGGGUGUUUAACAGAGGCCGGCGAUACACAAAACCACUGCACUGCACUUUAAUAACGUGACAGGAGAGAGAUAUCAUGGAACGUAUUACGGAUACCUGAACAUGAAAGAAAGUCAGCAAUGCUGAACUCUUUCUAUAGAGACAACCUUAAUAACAAACUCAAAGCUAUGUAGGAGCCGCAUAAUC